UUAGUUCACCACUCUUCCUUGUACAGGACACAUCAAACAUCACUUGCGAUUUAUUAACAUUUUUUUUUCUACUUUACUCAAUUCGUUGAUUCUCGUUUUUUUUUUAUAGGGAAUAAUCUCAAGUAUAAAACUUCAAAUAUUUUUACGUCUUUGUCAACAAAGUCAGGACAGACGCGACCACCAUGUGGAGAAGUCUGCGGAGUGUGGUGGCAACAGGUUUGGGAGGCACCAGAUGUGGAGUAGUAGGUGUGGGAGGUACCAGGUGUGCAGUAGUAUUUGAUGGAAGCAGCCUAAGUGUUGGAGGCAGCAGGUGUGGAGCAAAUGUAGCCAGGUCCUUUCACCUCUCCGUCACUUGUCAAGCCAGCUCAAGAAGCAAUCUUAACAAACCACUGGCCUCAAGUGAAAUGCCACGUCCAGGAGGCAUCGCUUCCUUCAUGCGGCUACCCGUCCAGAGCGACACGCAAGGUCUGGACGCGUGUUUCGUGGGUGUUCCUCUGGAUAUUGGUGCGUCUAACAGGAGUGGAACACGUCUGGGACCUCGUCAGAUCCGCUGUGAGUCAGUCCUCCUGAGGCCUUACAACUCUGCCACUGGUGCAGCCCCAUACGACUGCCUCAACGUGGCAGACGUCGGUGAUGUAUUCAUUAAUAUCUUCAACUUACCUGAGGCGUGCAACAACAUCAGGGAUCGCUAUAUGGAACUCCUCAGCACUGGCUGUAUUCCUUUGACGAUGGGCGGCGACCACACUAUCACUUACCCCAUCCUACAGGCCAUCAAGGCUCAGAGAGGCAGGGUGGGACUGGUGCAUGUGGAUGCUCAUCCUGAUGUAUCAGACAUCACCCUAGGAGCCAAGAUCAACCAUGGAUCACCCUUCAGAAGAGCGCUCGAGGAAGACCUCAUAGACCCCCACGCCACCUUCCAGAUUGGUCUGAGGGGUUCUUGUCAUGCACAGGAUGGUAACGCCUGGCAGAUAAACCAGGGUUUUCCGCCGUUACGUAUCAGUGAGGAGUGCUGGCACAAGUCUCUGGUGCCACUCAUGGAGGAGGUGAGAGCCAAGAUGGGUGACAAACCAGUCUACCUCUCCUUUGAUAUUGAUGGUAUUGAUCCUGGCUUCUGUCCUGGCACUGGUACUCCAGAAAUAGGAGGGCUGACUCCCAUACAGGCGCUGGAGAUCGUCCGAGGAUGUCGGGGACUAAACUUAGUAGGAUGCGACCUAGUGGAGGUAUCUCCUCCAUAUGACUUCCAGGGAACGACUGCUCUUACUGGCGCUAACCUGCUCUUCGAAAUGCUGUGUGCUCUCCCGGGAGUAACUGCCAACAAAUAGCAUAUCUCGUAGCUUUAUAAUAAACAGAAAUUGUGGUUUAUUAAGGUCAGCAAUAAACACAAUUAAGUGCAUAUUUUUGUAACAACAAACCAGUGAACGGUUAUAUUCAUAAAAACACAGUCAGAACUAAAACCAAUAUGGUACUAGGGAAAGUGAACAAUUUUGUAAUACCUAGAGUAGGUGGCCAGGCCUCAAAUAUUACGCAGCAGUAAAGUAGUGGAACGGAUUGGUUGAACAUUUCAAUGUCACUCGUAGCAUGAACCAGUUCUAGAAGAGAACUAAAAGGUUCCUAAUGAAUGAAACCAUAGAAAAAGAGAAAAAUGAUUUCUGAUAGUGAACAUUCGAUUUAAUGUUCAUGUAAAUUACUCAGUUUACUUUAUUCUUGUAAUUCUGGUUUCCCUUCAAAACAAAUAAAACUUUAUUCUUGUUUUAUAUCCUUUUAUGGUAAGUGAUUUUCACACAGUUGACUUACUUGUUUUAUUUUUAUGGUUAAAAUCAUGACCGAUUUCUAUUGCAUCUAAUAGUUAGGCUUCCAGUGGAAAUAAGUCACUUUGACUUUUGAGGUUAUCCUAAGUAAUUUACACGUAUGUUAUUAUGUAAGACAAUUGUGAUCACCAUGCUGCUCAAAUCAUUGUUACAUUGUAUCAAUUUCUAUUCCAAUAAAGUGUACUUGACAGA